AUCUAACCACUUCUGUACGGGCAUAAAUACCCGUCGACUUGCAUCUCGUAGUAAGUAUACCAAAUUUUCGCCACCAACAACCAACGAGAUGUACUUCAAGGUAAUAUUGUUGACCGUUACGCUGUUCCUGUACUGCGUCCCUUCAUCCGAUGCCUUGUCAUGCCUGGUUUGCAAUAGCAAUUCGACCGAUUGUGUAAGUGGAAAAAAUCUAGUAGAUAAACUGUGUGUUGGAGAUGAACUCGCAGAUAAGGCUUGCAUCUCAUAUUUGUCGCCUGGACGUGUCGUUGUAAGGAGUUGCCAUAUUACUAGUGGGAUACCUGAGGUAUGCAGUGCUCUAAUCGAGACGUAUCCAACUAAUAAACGUUGCAAGACUUGUAUUGAUGACAAGUGCAAUAACUUUGAUUACUCUGAUAUACACUAAUAACAGUUGAAUAAAACUACUCAUUAUUUCA